AUGCCCGCCGGGCUCCGGCUCCCGCGGGCACCUCUGCUCUGCCUCCUGGCCGGCCGGUGGGCCCCGGCGGGCCGGGUCGGGGCGGCCCUGCUGCUCUGCUGGCUGGCCGCCCCCCCGGCCGGCCGCCCCGAGAAGCUGUUCCACAGGCGAGACCGCUCGGACCUGGAGGUGGCCGCCCUGCCCCGGGCCCCGCCCGUCGCCGACCUCCCUUCGGCCCAGGAAUUCCUGUCCAAAUACGGGUGGACCCGACGGUCCCCCUGGCCGGCCGCCCCCCCUCCAGCCGCCGCGGGCCCGGCCUUCGCCGAGGCCGUGCGCGGCUUCCAGAGGGUCAACGGCCUCCCGGCGACCGGCCGGCUCGACGAGGCCACCGUGGCCGCCAUGAACGGGCCGAGGUGCGGCGUCCCCGACGGCCCGGCCGGAGGACCGGCCCCGGCCGGGGCUCGCCCCCGGGCCUUCCCGCGGCGACGGCGGGGGGCCGGGCCCGGGCCGUCGGCCUUCUCGCGGAGGACCCUGAGGUGGCGGCUGGUGGGCGAGGGCUACAGCAGCCAGCUGUCCGUCGACGAGCAGAGGGCCGUCCUGCGCUCGGCCUUCCGCAUGUGGAGCGAGGUCACGCCGCUGCAGUUCCAGGAGGAGCUGGGGGCUCGGGCGGCCCCCGUGGACGUCCGGCUGGCCUUCGGCCGAGGCCGUCACCUGGGGUGCCCCCGGGCGUUUGACGGGAGCGGGCAGGAGUUCGCGCACGCCUGGCGCCUGGGCGACGUCCACUUCGACGACGACGAGCACUUCACGUCCCCCAGCAGCGACCGGGGCCUCAACCUCCUCCGAGUGGCGGUCCAUGAAAUCGGCCACGUGCUGGGGCUGCCCCACAUCCACCGGCCGGGAUCCAUCAUGCGGCCCAACUCCGUCCCCCGGGACCCAGGCUUCGAGCUGGACCCGGCCGACCGGAAGGCCAUUCAGAAGCUGUACGGUUCCUGCACGGGGCCGUUCGACGCCGUGUUCGACUGGAUCCGCACGGAGAGGAGCCCGUUCGGAGAGCGGCUGGUGCGGUUUAACACCUAUUUCUUCCGCGGCGGCUGGUACUGGCUGUACGAGAACCAGAAGAACAGGACGCGCUACGGAGACCCCAUCCCCGUGGUCACGGGCUGGCGGGGGCUCCCGGCCCGCGACCUCGACGCCUUUGUCCACGUCUGGUCCUGGGGGAGAGACGAGCGCUACUUCUUCAAAGGGGAUCGCUACUGGAGGUACGACAGCGACGGCGACCGGACGUACGCGGAAGACGAACGGGGCCGCGCGUAUCCCAGGCCCAUCUCCGAGCGGUUUCCGGGAAUCCCGAGUCCCCUCGACGCCGCCUUUUACGACCGGAGGAGUCAGUGGAUCUACUUCUUCAAGGGCGCGCUGGUGUUCGCCUUUGACGUCCAGGAGAACCGGGCGGUCAGCCCGUACCCCCAGAGGCUGGCCGUCGCCUUCCCCGCCGUCGCGCCGCCCAGCCACCCGGCCGGGCACCUGGACGCGGCCUACCACUCCUACGCCCACGGCGCCGUCUUCCUGCUCAAGGGCAGCCGGUACUGGCGGGUGGUCGGCGAUGCCGACAGGCGGCGGGACCCCGCCCUGCCCGUCAACGGACUCUUCCCCGCCGAGCCCGUCUCGGAGCGCUGGUUCGACAUCUGCGACGUCCACCCUUCCGCCCUGAACGGGAAAUAGG